AUGCUUUCCUGUAAGGAGGAACUGGCUUAUCUCUCGGGCCCAAAAGAGCCAGCGCUUCUAGAACAGACCAUUGGUCAAAAGUUUGCUGAGACUGUUUCCAGCUUUCAGGACAGAACUGCAAUCAAGGAUGCUUUUGCCCACCUUUCCUAUAGGGAGUUGGAUCAACAGAGUGAUGCGUUAGCAUUAGGGCUUCUGGAUCUCGGUAUUGCACAGGGAGACCGAGUCGCAAUCAGCUUAGGAAACAGUAUCGCAAAUGCGGUGAUAUCAUACGGGUGUUUUAAAAUAGGCGCCAUUGUGACUCCGCUAAAUCCAGCAUAUACUCCAGCUCAAGUUAUUUCGGCGUUGGACCAUGUGUCAGCCAAAUGUUUUGUUUUGAGUACAGAGAUCAUGUUGCCUUACAAGCAGCCGAAAUCAGCGGCACCCCUUCUGUCGGCAGUGCUACAAGGAAUUGAGCGAAGUGGUUUUGUUUCAUUGCUGGUUGACAACUCUACUAACGAAGCCCAUAAGUCGGAGUUCAAAGCCACAGCUGAGUAUGAAAUGCUCCUAUCAUCGAAUCAAGGCAGAAAGUUGCCAGUACAGGACCAGUUGAAGCAUUGUGAUAUUGCAUCAAUACAAUUCACUUCUGGAACAACUUCGACUCCGAAAGCCGCUUGUUUGACUCACCGAAACGUGUUGAACAACGGGGUAUUAGUUGGCUUAGGAAUGGAAUUAACAGAGUCUGAUAUAGCAUUCAAUGUUGGAGCAGUAGUCAGGUCAAUUAAGGACGACCAGCCAACUGUCCUUCAUGGGGUGCCAACAAUGUUUCUAGCAGAGCUGGAGCUAAUUGAAAAGUAUUCCAUUAAUCCCGACGAAAUUAAACAUCUACGCACAGGAGUUAUAGGAGGAAGUCCUAUCCCGGCAUCUUUGCGACUGGCCCUACAUGAAAAGCUCAAUCUCUCCAACCUAACUAAUUGUUACGGUCUGACUGAAAGCUCUCCUAUAAUCUGUCAGACGGCAUCCACCGAUACUCUAGAAGCAAAACUCAACACAGUCGGCAGAAUGCUACCUCACACCUCUGCAAGGAUCGUUGCUCGUGACGAUCCGACUAGAACGUUAAAGAGAGGCGAAAAGGGUGAGCUUUUGAUAUCUGGUUAUGCGGUCAUGAAAGGUUAUUGGAAAGACGAGAAAAGGACGUCAGAAUCUUUCAUUGUUCAAGAGAAAGAGGAUGGACUGAAACAGAUAUGGCUGCGAACCGGAGACGAGGCUUUAUUUCGGCCUGACGGGUACAUACAAAUAACGGGAAGGAUAAAAGACAUCAUUAUUCGUGGGGGUGAGAAUAUUUAUCCCCACGAGAUUGAAAAUGUCCUUAUCCAGCAUCCGAUGGUUUCCAAUGCGAGCGUGGUGGGAUUGCCGGACGGAAAGUAUGGAGAGAUCAUUGCUGCUUUUGUCAUCGUCAAAACUGGCAUUCAUACGGUUGAAAACUUGGAAAAGGAAGAGAAUCGAGAGUUGAAACAUACGACUCUUAGUCAAAGAGAUAUUCAGCUUUGGGUUCAGGAUAGAUUGCCCAAGAUGUUGGUUCCACGGUUCGUUUUUUGGCAAGAAAGAAUGCCACUCACUUCAAGUGGGAAGAUCGAGAAGUACAAGUUACGCCAACUUGGAAUUCGGCUACUCAAAUAUGCUGAUUAA